AUGGCAGUUGAUACAUACGAUCACACCUCUUUGAGCAUCCUCCCGGAUGAGCUCCUCCUUACGAUCCUUUCUUACCUCGAUAUACCAGACCUUCUCUCCACAACUCGCACCUCUCACCGCCUCCGCACUCUUUCUUUCGACCCCCUCCUCCACACCACACGCCUCCACCGCGCCUCCACCACGCUGUCGCUCUCGCUGCCGCUGCGCCCGUCCCUCGCACAGCUCAUGGCGCACCGCAUCUACAUCACACGCACCACGCUCGCAGCGCGCCACCUAGGCCGGAACCUGAUCAAGAUAAAACUCAACCGCUCGCUGCUCAAACGACCCAGUCAAGAGGAGUUGGUGGGUCGAGGCGUGCUACCCCGUGAGUGUGUGGUGGGCGGCCUCGCACCGGGGCUGGUCGAAGUUAAGAGACGCGUGGAGAGGGAGAGGGUUAAGGAUACGUUGAGGGAGUGGGUGGGGGAGUGGAGGAGACGGGGGUGGGAAAGUAGGAGCGAAGAGGAGGUUAGACCGGAUGUGGGGAGGUUGGUCAGAAGGUUUGCGAGGGAUAGGGAUGGUGGGAGGAAUUCGGGGAGGUGGGGAAGGGGUGUUGAGAUGGGGGCGGAGAGGCAGAGGGGGAGAGAGGAACCUGCAAGGGCGAAGGUAUUGGGGUUGAAGAGGUUUUGGGAGAAGGUUGGAAGGGACGGGGUUGGUUCUUGA